AUGCGCCCCUUUCUAGUGCUCCAGCGGCGGCGACAUUGCAUCACUCGCCUGCGGGCGACGGACGCUUGUGAGAGGCUGAACCAGCAGCGCCGGUUCAUCAUCACAAAUACCCCAUCGUCCUAUGCUGCGUUUUCGAGUGCCACAAGCGGGAUCGGUGCGGAGAUGAGGGCAAAGGGAUUUCACCACUCCACGCCUAACUUUAACACCGCCGAAUUCACGGACGCGGCCGACCCCUCUGACUUGGCAAAUGACAUUGUGACAGAGAGCGCCGCUGGGGUAGACUUCGCGCGCGACAUCUACGGCCCGUGGCUGGUGAUGACCGACGAUUUGCAGGGUGAACUCUUUGUCGAUCACGAUGGCUUUGUGUACUAUCGCCCAGCCAAUGGACUCGGCUACGGCAUCGGCAAGCUGCAAGUGCUCGACGCAGGAGCCACCGGCACCGCCUUCACCUGCCAGCUGGAGAGCUACAGUUACCAGCCGACAAACACGGUGGUGCCCCAGUAUGGCCUCACGUUCGAUAUUACCGGGAUGGUGAAGCGGGUGACGUCGAAGUCGUCUGACUACACGACCUUCUCUCUGGUUGGGGUAUGGCGCCGGAGCAAUCGUAACAAAGACGCCCCUGCGCUGCUUCCCUCUCAGCGGUGCAGCAGCGAUACUGCGGUCGAGGGUGCCUCUGUCGCCCCUUCGCCGGAAAGCCUCGGCAACCAAGGCACGCUUGGCGGGCCAGGUGAAAAGGCGAGCGGCCAGUUCAACGCGGCAAAGCUCUCCCCGUGGGAUCCGUCGACCGCCGAGAAGUCAUUCGCGCCGAACGCGGAGCUGCAAAGUGUUUUUGCGCAGGUGUUCCCAGAGCGUCUCCGGGUGGAGUCGCACGUGCAGCGUGCUGAGGCGCGUGGGGAGUCGCAGGCGGCACGCCAUCUCACUGGCUCUGCCGGCAAACCUUCUUUGAUGCACCUCGAUAUGGAGCAAUAUGCUACGGGCAACAUUCCAGGCAUCUACUAUAUUCCCGACUACAUCUCGGCCACCGAGGAGGCGCAAAUUCUCACGCUCAUUCAGGGGACACCAGAGGAUCUCAAGUCGAAGCUGACCAAGCGUACUUGCCAGGAGUGGGGCUGCACGAUGUGCGAGACCUGCCAAAAGAGCUUCGUGAGCGAUGCGAAUAUGCCGCCAUGGGUGCAGGAGUUAAUAGACAUGCAGGUCUACGAUGGUCUCUUCACUCCCACCACAUUCCCCAACAGCGUGCGCAUCCAUGAGUACCACCAAGGCGAUGGCAUCGGACCCCAUUGUGACGGCCCCAUCUACGUGCCCAUGGUGACUGUGCUCUCGUUAGCCUCGUCGUGCCUCAUGAGCUUCUACCCAAAGCAGCCGCUUUACGAGAGUCACCCGAUGGACCACUACAACGACACCUUCAAGUUUGGCGAUGGCGACAUCGGUAGACGAGUGCCGCUGCAGAGUGUGGUGAUGGAGCCGCGCUCGCUGCUCAUCUUCUCUGGGGAAGGCUACUACCACUACCCCCACGGCAUCUCUGACAAGACCGAAGAAGUGCUGACGCCGGAGGUUGUGGGCGACGUCGUGAACCGCCGCUUCCUGCGCGACCCGGAUGUGCAGUUAAUCCCGCGGACCUACCGAGCGAGCAUCACAACGCGAAACUUGAUGACGCGCUGCAGUCACCAGCCGGCGCGUGCCGAGUACGCGAUGAAGCGGGCUUGGUAUCUGUACAACCAUCUGCCGGUUCCAAGUGAGCUGUUCACGCCGGGGCCGCAGCUUUCGCAGCAGCAGCGGUCUGCCGGAGUAUCCACCGGAAGUAGCCCUGGAAGUCGCGAAUCAAGCGACGGGAGCGCUCCCCCGUCGUCUCAGAAGCGUGUCGAAAGCCCCUUUCCCGCGUGUACCCCGCCAGGCACCUUCGCCGUUGAUACAGAGCUGCGAGAGGCGAUAUACGAGAUGAGGGCGAGGCAGGAGGAACUCUGCAACAACGUGGAGGAGCUCAAGCAGCUCGUAGCACUCUCGAUCCCUUCGCAGGCCACCUUCCAGACGGAGACGGCCACCAUCUUGAACCACCUGUCCUCGUCGGUGCUCCAGCUGGAGAGCAAGGUGGAUGAUCUGCUGGAGGAGGUGGAGAGUGCGAAGAGGAAGAGUUUGACGGACACGUGA